ACUGAACAACAAAGCACUAAUGUUGUUAGUUUGAUCUUUUACAGUGGGGGACGUCUACUACUACUUCUAUUGUUUAUUUAUUUAUUUGGUUACUCUAGAUUACAAAAAUCUGAAAAAAGCCUGAUUUCAAUUCACGUGAUUUUGAUCAUCAUAGUUGUUAUUUCGUGCAGAUACCGUCUCUCUGAAGCUCUUCAGGAACACUUCCGUAAACUCGUGAAUGUUUGGUAUAUAUGCUCGCCGGGCAUCGAGUAAAGGUCAAUAACCUGGAAAACUCGUCUUAUCUGGAUCGAGGUGAUCGGGGGAAUUUGCUGUCAUGGAUGAGGUGCAGAUCCGUCAGUACAGAGAAGAGGAUCAUGAAGAAGUGAAGGAGGUUUUCACCAUCGGUAUGAGUGAACACAUCCCAUCAUCUUGCAUGCACAUCCUCAAGCAGCCCCUGGCGCAGAUGUUUCUGGGAUGUGUGUUUUGCGCUUUGCUGACCAGCUCAAUGUCCAUCCUUUUACCCGUGCUCGCAGUCACGCUGCUCUUGGCCGCAGGCAGGCAAAGCGUGUGUUACAUGUUCAACAAGUACAUCCAGACGUCACUUGAACAAGAUCUAAGCCACAUUCAGCAGACCUACAUGGAUCCAGCGAACGCCUGCUUCUGGGUUGCAGAAACUCAAGGUCGUGUAGUGGGUACAGUCGGCUGUUUUCCUUCAGAUAAAGACAAGAACUUUCUGGAACUGAAGAGAAUGUCUGUUAAAAAGGCUCAUCGUGGAAAAGGCAUCGCCAAAGCGCUGUGCCGUACCGUGGCUGAUUUUGCUCGUGAACAUGGUUAUUUAGGAGUAAUGCUUCACACCUCAGUGGUCCAGACAGAUGCACAGAAGCUCUAUGAGCACAUGGGCUACCAGAAGAUCAGAGAAUUCAGUGCUCCAGAUUUUAUCGCCAAGCUGACUAAUUUCACACUAAUGGAGUAUCAGCUCAUCGUAAAACGUCACAACUGAAGAUGACGUCUGCAGUUUUGUUCCUUCUUUAAAAGGGCUUUUUAACACUGGUUCAGAUCACUAAUGAAGCACACCACUAUCUUCGACUGUCUGUCUGAUCUAUAAAUGAAUCCACUUUGGAAAAAGGGAGGUAUUCUUUUAUAAGAAAUUAUUUAUAUAAGGGGGACAAAAUCAGUUUUCUUAUGCAAUUUUUAGAUUUGUUUUAAUGCUGAACUUUUUUUAUGAUUUAAAGAGUUAGUUAAACCCAAUUCUGUUAUUUGCUUAUCUUGUUGUUCCAAACCUUCAUCACUUUUCUUCACCUUCAGAAAACAAAUCAGUUUUUUAAUGAAUCAGUUUUAAUAUCAGUCCCUACAUUUAAUCCAAAAUAUUGAAUGUUCAAAGAGAGGUCUAGAGAGCAGGUUUUUAUUCACAUAUGAACAACGAUCAUAUAGACACUAUAGACAGAAUAACUACCAUAUAGACACGGGACGAGAACCGUUUUUAAGGAAUACUGCGGUUUGGGAAAGUCAAGAUUUUAAAACCAUCAAAAUUUUCUUUUAUACCAUCCCUACGGUUUUUUUUGAGAUUUUUCUAUUUAUAUUUUUUUAGGAUAACCAUGUCUCCAGCAGAAAAGAUCUCCAAAGAUGCUGUUAUUAAUGAAUGAAAUCUGUGUUUUUGAAACUAAUGAAGACAAUGAAUGAUUAAUUUUAAUUAUUUAGCCUGACGUGUUGACUGCUGCAAAAUAUUUCUCAAAAUAAAAUCUAUUGUGUUCAAAGGGAAAGAAAGUUUCAUUUUUUCCCCCCCGACAUUUAUAAAGAAUAUAUAUUAGAGCAGUAAUCCUAAUACAGUAAAACCGUGGCAUUUUUAGCCAAGGUUAUCAUACUGUCAGAAUGACAUGUGAGACAGACAAACCUCGUUGGUUCAUAAAGCUCAAAUGUGACACGAAAGAAUGAAUCUAAUUUGUUCCCGUGUCAAAGAUCAAAUCUGAAGGCUGUAAACAUUGUUUGCUGAUCAUUGUUUUAAGCGAAAUUCUUUAGAAUACUUGCAUUAAACUGCAUAAUUCGUAUGUAUGUAAACGUUUUGAUGCAUUGCAUUUUGAGUAAGUAGAGUAAGUCAGACAGAUUUGAUUACUAAUGUAUGUAUUUGUGUUCUGAAGUUGAAUUAAAGUCUAAUAGGUCUGAAAUGACAAGUGAAGAUGGAGCCUUUAAGUGAUAGUUCACCCAAAAUUAAAAAUGACCUCACCAUUUACUCUCCCUCUUUCCUCUGUUGAACAAAAAAAUGAAGGUAUUUAGUUUUGUUGAUAUGGAAGAUAUUUAGAUGUUGGGAAAUGCUGGUUGCUGGGACUCAUUGACAUUCUUUGUGGAAAAAAAAACACUAUAAAAGUUAAUGGGUAACCAGCAUUCUUCAAAAUGUUCAUUCUUUUGUGUUCAGAAGAAAGAAACUCAAAUGGACCCUUUCCACACUUCCUUUUCAUCAUAGCCGGGUAAAUUUAGAGCACAGUGAAUGGGAGAGUACAACUUUUUUUUUUUUUACAAUCUUAUUUACUGAAAUGAUAAAAGAAAAACGCCACGAUGGUGUUAUCAAGACUUUCAGAAAAAGGAAAAAAAUAGUGUGAGACUGAUAACGGCAGCCAGAGGAGAGAAUACAGUCAAAUUUACUCUCAUGAAACCUUGAAACCGUCAGAUUGGUUUUAACAGGAACUGCUUGCAAUGUGAAGGACGUUACAUUUCCACCUCUGUUAGUACUGAUGCUGAUUAUAAUGGCAGCAAGAGUAUGAAAAUUAUUAUCAGUUUACGCUUGUCAACAAAGGAUUGAAUCAUCUGAGCUUUUUCUAUUGUGUUUUAACUGAUAAAAUAAUAUAAAUGUGAUUGCCCUGUGGCUAAAUGACUUCAAUGUAAAACAUUCAAUGUAACAUGGAUCUCAAUAUAAUGUUUUUUGUUUUGUAAUUUGUUGUAAGAAAUCAAUAAAACAUUUUUAUUAA